AUGGCCGUCUCAACACAGACACCCAUCCCAUCCAUCUCAAGCAACGGAGAGAAACCAAGUCUCCUAUCGUUCAAGACGUUCGAUCUCCCAUCCUCGAACCAGCGUCUCCUGGGACCCCCUCAUCCCCCCAACACUGUCAUCCCACUUGCCCUGCGUCCCGACGUCGAGGACAACACAGACAUCAGCCUCGACAGCGUGGUCGAGACAAUCAAGCAGCUGCAAGCACGCGAUGGCAUCUUCACCAAACAACUAGCCCGCCACGGGACCCUCCUCUUCCGCGGCCUACCCAUCCGCAACGCCGAGGACUUUAGCAAAUUCGCCCACGCCUUCGGCUACACACCGCACGAGAUCAUCGGCAUCGUCGUAGACCGACCGCUGCUCGCUCCGAACGUUGCCCCAGCCAAUGAAGCGCCCAAGGAAGUCCUCAUCUACAACCACAACGAGUCACCGCAGGUCCCGCACGCCCCGGAGUACAUCUUCUUCUACAACCACCGGGCGCCCGCCAAGGGCGGCGAGACGCCCAUCUCAUCAUCCCUAGAACUGUUCCGCCGCGCGCAGCAGGAAAUCCCAGAGUUUAUCGACGAGCUCGCCGAGAAGGGCAUCCUCAGUCGUGUCGUCUACCAAGUGCAGCCGCAGUACGCGGGGGGCUCGACGCUGCGUCAGGCCUUCGGCAAGGAGAUCCGCGACGACGACGAUGCCACGACGCGGAGAGAGAAAAUCGAAGCGCAGAUUGCGCGCUACGGGCGCGGCAAACACACAACCUGGGAGUGGAGUGACGACGGCCAGCGCCUCGUCCUGACGCACCGGCUCCCUCUGGAUAGCGAAGCGAGGAAGAAUGUCACGCAGCAGCUGUUUGGGGAUGGCACGCCCAUCCCGGAGAAGUAUCUGGCGCACCUGGCGAAGAUCACGGAUGAGAUCCGCGUGCUGCAUAAGUGGCAGGAGGGGGAUGUGUUGGUCUAUGAUAAUGUCAUUGCGCAGCAUGGACGAGAGCCCUGGGAGGGGGAGCAGGCUGAUCGCGUUGUGUUUGCUAGCUUGUUUGAUGGAGCGAGUGUCCCUGGUGCGUAUGGGUUUGGGGACUGGGCGCAGGUGGUGCAGGCACUUGAUGGUCACAUCAGUGAUCUGAAAGUCAUGGCCGAAGAACCCGAGAAGCAGUAUUCCAAGAAUGAAAUCUCCCAGCAUACAACAGACGGAGAUAUGUGGGUUAUCAUCGACAACACCGUCUACGAUCUGAGUUCUUUCCAAGAAUUACAUCCCGGCGGAAAGAAAGUCCUCUCAGCAGUGGCAGGCACCGAUGCCACUAAAAAGUACCGAAAGUACCACAGUGACAAGGCCUUGGCGAGAUAUGGGAAUGACCUACGCACUGGCGUUGUUGAACCGUCCAAGCAACAGAAACCGAAGAAAUCGUUCCUUUCACGAUUCCGCCGAGGGGGUUGA